UGCAGCGCAGCCUCAGGCCCUGGGCGGGAUGCCGGGGUCCGUCUUGGAGGGAGCGGACCUAGGCUGGGUAGGAGGGCGGAAGAAACUGCCUUGGAGUGCUGUGAUGAACUGGCCGGGUCACGUGAGAUUGCAGGUCUGGGCUAAGGAAAUGCUGUCCUUCUGGGAUGUAGCCGUUGAUUUCUCUCCAGAGGAGUGGGAAUGUCUAGAGCCUUCUCAGUGGAACUUGUACAGGGAUGUGAUGUUGGAGAAUUACAGCAACCUUGUGUUCCUUGGUCUUGCUGUCUCUAAGCCAUUCCUGGUGACAUUUCUGGAGCAAAGACAAGGGUCUUCAGGUGUGAAGAGACAAGCAACAGCCACUGAGCAUUCAGGGACAAUACCCAAUGACUGUAAUGAUUACAGCAAGGUCUUUGGUGGUAACUCACUCCUUAUUCAAUGCCAGAGAAUUCAUCCUGUGGAGAAACCCUUCAAGUGUGAAGAAUGUAGUAAGGCCUUUAGUUCUCACUCAACACUUUGUGUACAUCAGAGACUUCAUACUGGAGACAAACCCUACAAGUGUGAAGAUUGUUGUAAGACCUUUAAUACUCGCUCUAAACUUUCUAUACACCAGAGAAUUCAUACUGGAGAAAAACCCUACAAGUGUGAGGAAUGUCAUAAGGCCUUUAGUACUCGUUCAACACUUUCUGUACACCAGAAAAAUCAUACUGGAGAAAAACCCUACAAGUGUGAAGAAUGCGGCAAAUCAUUUUACUAUCCAUCAAUGCUGAAGCAACAUCAAAGAAUUCAUUCUGGAGAGAAACCCUAUAAGUGUGAAGAAUGUGGCAAAGCUUUCUAUGAUCCUUCAUUCCUUAAGAAACAUCAAAGAGUUCAUUGUGGAGAGAAACCAUACAAGUGUGAAGAAUGUGGCAAAUUUUUUUCCUAUUCUUCAGACCUUAAAAUACAUCAAAGAAUUCACUCUGAAGACAAUCCCUACAAGUGUGGGGAAUGUGGCAGAGCCUUUUCUAAGCUUUCUACCCUUACUAAGCACAAGUUUGUUCAUUCUAGAGAGAAAUCAUACAAGUGUGAAGAGUGUGGGAAAGCCUUUGCUUCUAAAUUUUCCAUGAUUCAGCACGCAUUAUGUCAUAUUGGAGAGAAAUCUUACCAAUGUGAAGGAUGUGGCCAAAUGUUUUACUCUACUUCUGACCUAAAGAAACAUAGAAGACUUCACUGUCAAGAGAAACUGUACAAGUGUGAAGUCUGUGGAAAAGCCUUUUCUAGUAAUUCUUCCCUGACUCAGCACAAGAUAGUCCAUACUGGAGAGAAACGACACAAAUGUGAAAAGUGUGGCAAAAAGUUUGCCUAUCCUUCAAAACUGAAGAGACAUGAAAGAAUUCAUAGUGGAGAGAACCCCUACAUGUGUGUAGUGUGCAGCAAGAUCUUUUGUACUCAUGCAGAACUUUCUGUACACAAGAGAUCUCACACUGUAGAGAAACCACACAAAUGUGAAGAAUGUGGAAAAACCUUUUGUGUGCUCUCUUACCUUCCUCUGCACAAAUUACGUCAUACAGGGGAGAAAUCUUACAAGUGUGAAGAAUGUGAAAAAAUGUUUUACUCUACUUUAGACCUUAAAAAACACCUAAUAGUUCAUGCUGGAGAAAAACCAUGCAAAUGUAAAGAAUGUCACAAAGCCUUUCGUAAUCACUCAGCCCUUAAUAGACACAAGGCGGUUCAUACAGGAGAGAAACCCUACAAGUGUGGCGAGUGUGACAAAGUCUUUACCUAUUCUUCAGACCUGAAAAGACAUCAAAAUAUUCACUCUGAAAACAAUCCACACAAGUGUGGGGAAUGUGGCAAAGCCUUUGUUAAUCUUUAUAGCCUUACUCGACACAAGAAAGUUCAUACUGGAAAGAAAUCCUACAAAUGUAAAACGUUUACAUAUCUUCAGCCCUUAAAAGACAUCAAAUAAUCCAUUCUGAAUACAAAUUCUGUGAGUGUGUGGAGUAUGGCAAAAUCUUUGGUAAUCAUUAGAACUUAUCCAACCCAAAUGAAUCCAUAGUGGAGAAUAUUAUUACCUUAAUUAUUUUAGACUCUCAACAGGAACAUCUAACUUCCACAAGCACAAAUGCUAAGAAUGUCACCAAAGAACAGUAGAAACUUUUCUUUGUUAUAACCUCCCUACAGUUUGUUCAAGCAGUGUGUUUGAAACUUGCCUUGAUUUAUGACAUUUUCUUCUAUAGCUAUAAUUGUUCCGUGAAACUUACCAUGUCAUAACUUUGUCUGUUGAGUAUCCUGAAUGUGAGAUCUCAGCUGUGGUACAGUUACUGUUGUUUUUCCCACUGGGAUCACCCAUGCUCUUGUAAUAACCUCUCCCCUGGGUGUGUAAGAAUCUCCAUAAACUCAUAUUUCUCACCAGGUUGAAUUUUGGUGAAAUGGUCUGCAUUGGUAACAAUCUGGGCUGAAUGAGCAUUAGUCUUUUUCUCCCCAGGAAAUGCUAACACAACAUAUUAUCAUAUUUGAUUCCAGAAUAAAGAAUCUUAUCAAUUUUAAGUUCAGAAUAGAAUUUCUAAAUGUCACGUCAUAGAAAUGGCCACAACAUUGAGAUAAGGUCCUGUGUCAAAUGCACUCACUCAGCAGAAAGGAUGUAUUUGAUUAGUGGAUAUGUGAUCAUCAACUAUGAAACAUUGUAGGUGCAGGUCUUACUUUACUAUUGAUACAGAUCCAAAAAUGUCAUCUCAAUCUCAUUUACUAAUUUACUGUAAACUGUUAAGGUAAUUGAAGUCUCAACAUUAACAUUCACUGACUUAUAAAUUAUUAAAUGUCUCUAAUAUGCCUAGAAUUGUGUUUCUAGUCAUGCUAAGUCCAAAUGAAAUUUAUUUACAGAGACGAGAUGGGAAGGAAAAUCCAAUAUAUCUCUCGUUCUGUAGUCCUCUGUAUAUGCUGUUGAAGUACAUCCUAAAGUACACACCUCAAAGUGUGUUUAAAUUUAGUUUGUUUAAUAGGGCAUAAUACUCAUAAUCAUAUAUGUAUUAUUUUGAAAAAUGAAUAAUUGAAUAAAAAGGGUUUGCAAUACCCUUGCAUGGCUAGACAUCCCCAGGCUCAAAUAGCACCAUUUCCCUUGAAUGAGACACAGACUCAAUCAGAGUAAAUAGCAUGCUAGCCAUAUUAGAGGAUAAGGAUGCAUGGGUAAGUAAGACCUGUUGGAAGUCUGUUACUUCAGUCUCCCUCUGGCAUGUAGGUCAUAUCAGGAAAACCACCUUAACUGUAAGAAAGAUUUAAUUUCUCCUCGUGUCUCACAAGAGAGUGGGAUGAAUUCAGUUGCCAAGUGGAGGAGUCUGUAACCACAUCCUAAAUUUCUCAAUUUAUAGACGCAAAUAGGAAUUACUCUGCCUUCAGUGUCUCUGUGACAUAUGAGGAUGCUGUCAAUAGGGGAUCUUUGCAUCUAAAGUGCCAGGCGAGUGGUAAGGAAUUCACACCAUAGUUCAAUUGGCUGUGACCUUACCCUGACUUUACAGUUUUCUCCCCCUAGCAAACCCAGUUCUAGGAUGGCAGGUCAAUGCCUACUGCGGUAAGGAGUCCCAAGAAAAGCUUUAGGUACCAUAAGACAGAAUCAGCCAAGAGGCCAGUCAGUACAGCAGGCUCAACUGUGGGCAUUCAUUUAAACAGCAAGCUGCAGGUGCCUUCCUGUGGAUCCACCAGGUACAGCUAAGGAAAGAACACUGCUGAAGGAGAACAAAACCUGGACUGUAAAGGCCCAGCCAGAUCAGCCUCUCUGAAUCAUCUCCCAGAGAUGAUGGGCGGCCUGCUCUUCAUCCCUGCUUCCUUUUGCAAGCCUGGAGGCCAGAGUGUCCACAAGGCAGAUGCUUGAGGUAUUCAACAGGGGUCACUAGAGAUGGGGGUCAUUAUAAUCCUUCUUCCCUUUGGACUUAGUGGACAUAGUAGCUAAAUGUAUCCACGUUCUUACCUUUAUGCUCACAGACAUCUCUCAACACCCAUCAGAAAACAAAUUAUGAGGUAGAUGGAGAAUAAUACACAGACUCACAAUGGUUCAAAAUGUAGAGAAUCAUAACCUGUGGAGGGCACUGAUCUAAACUGGACACCUACAUAGUCAGACUUUCAUUGGGACCAUUGACUCCCCAAUAAUGACACAGAGACUUAUUAUUAAUCAUGAAA